UGUUAGGACCUGCGACUGCUGCUUUUCGGAGCCCACCAAAAAUGUUUUCCAAGUUCUGUUUUGGCGCCUCUUCUUCCUCUCUCUCUGCAAGGUUUCAAUUGGGCUGGACAAGAGCACUCGGGUUUCAGUUUGGGACGAGACUUUUCUCUGACGAAAAUGCUGCUUCUAAAAGGCCCUAUGCUGGAUCCAACCAUAUCAGCAACAAAUCUCCAGAGGAGAAAGUUCCUCACAGAGGAUUGCAUCAAUUUUUCCUCCCAAGAAUGGCUACUGAGAAAAAUUCAAAUGAUUUUACCAGGAAAAGAUUCCAAGUGUAUAAGAAAUGCAAGGAUUCACUUUCAAAUCCAAACAAUGUUGGUGAAGAUGAAGAUGAUUUCUCUGAACUAGGUUCACCAGUCACAGAAACUGGAAAUGCAACUUUGGAGCAGAUGAAAGACACGAAUCGACUGAAUUUGGAACCUUUAAGGAAGCUAUUGGGCGUUGAAAGGAUCAGGGCUGCCCCAUCGAUGAGGCCUUUCCCUGAUAAAAAGAACCCUGACAUGAUGAUCCACCUUAAAACAGACAAAUUUUUUUCAGAUGACCAUUUUAGCAGUGGCGCUACAACAAAGAAUGAGAGAGAGAAAAAUUCCAUCAUUAUUGACAAGGUUCCAUCUGCUCUUUGCCCCUUCCAUUUGAGAGAUGCGGCCUCUGAAUAUGGUGAUAUAUUGCAUGUGCACAUGACAACAGGUGAAAAUGGGUUUAAGAGCUGCCACAUUGACUUUAAGAGCAAGGAGUCAAAGGAGAGAGCAGUGGCUGCUCGGUGGAUCUCUGUGAAGAGCUAUCGCUUGCCAAUUCAGAGUCUUUCUCUACCAGGAAGCACUGCAGUCAGAAUUGAAAACAUUAGCAAUGAGACUACUGAGGCAGCUAUACAUUCUCUAUGCAUGUCUUUUGGACCAGUUGAGAGUCUCUCGAGGGAAAAGAAUGGUGCUGUAGAUGUUAUCUUCAAUGUUGAGGAUAGUGCACUCAUGCCAAAUAUAUUGAAGAAGUUGAAUGAUGUGGUGAUGGAUGAUUGCCAAUGGUCUGCUCAAUUGCUCUCUUGGGAUUCCCCAAACACAAUUAAUACGUCUGAUGACCAGGGUUCCGUUGGUUCACUAAUUAGCAACCACAUCCAGGAAAUUAGAAAACAAUUACAGGAGAAAAUGAUUGAUUUGGAGGACUUAGAGGAACUGCACCUUGCUAUAGAACACCUCAGAGAUUCUCCUGCCAACCAUCAAUAGGUCUCCAAUACGUUACUUAUUGUUUCCUUGAGCUUUAUGUUUUUAAUUGGAAUUAUGAGAAGUCAGAUUCUUGUUACGUGAGCUUGACCAUAAAUUAUUUACCUGAAAAAAUUGCUUGAAUUAGUGUAGCUGUUUGCUAAUUCUCUAUGUUAUUCCUGGAAGGCUUGCACAA